AUGGCUUUUCAACGCCUAAACAUACGCGCAAAGAAGAGCUUCCCAGGACUCUAUUCUUUCGACAAUGUGGAAAGCUCGCCUGCCAAGAGUAUGGCGAUGCACAUCGACUCCUCUCCUCGCUCAGACCUCACCCAAGAUCUAGAGGAAUGUGACCUCGAAGAGUUCGGAGCCAAGCUUGAGCGCUGCAAGGGCAAGGAUUCCCCAGGCAGAGAAAGCCCCUCCAAACGCAAGAAGCUGUUUGGAUCACUGCGAAGCCUCCGGUCCUUGGCAAAUCUGCACUCGUCCCCAACCAAGACCAAGCAAGCCACGACACCGCGUCCUGAGUCUUCUGUGAAGUACCGGGACACGUGUGCGACGUCACUGCCCAUGUCACCUUCGCUUGCCCUGCUCAACUUCGAGCAGUCACCGCCUGACAAGCCAAUGUUCGACCUCACCAUGCACCAACGUUCGGGGUCUGGAUCCAGCCUGGAGGUGCAUCAUUCGUCACCAAUGACAGUGCCAGGUUCGGCCAGGCAAGCAACACCGUACAACAUCUUUCCGCCCGCGACCGACUUGCCUGCAGGAACGGUCCCUGUUACUCCUGGUCCGAUGCAGAGAGCGUUCAACCGGGAUCCUGCCAACCACGUUCUCUGGCAGAAUGCUAGCCCUACACCAUUGGAAAGGUAUGCACCUUCGACACCUGUUCUUACGCCAUUGCCAGGUACAAAUCUCUCUGUUGAAGACAUUGACCCGGAGCUUGUCCCUUUACCACCUUCUGUCAACCCUUCUAUAGUAUACUUGAGCCACAGCAAUCCCGGUUAUUUUGACAUACCCGUGGAUGAGAACCCACAGAUGGACAGUACGGAUGUGCUCAAUGGACUCGCCUGUCUCAAGCUCGCCGAUGCACACGAUGGUACUGCCGGUGACUACAGCAAAGCCUUCGCUGAUGCGGGUGUGGAUGCACCUGUUGGACGUCGUGGUACUGCUGAAGAGAUGAGACACCAGUACGGAGACGCAAAGGUCCAGGACACUGUGAACACGCUGGUUAUCCCUCAAGGCCGACUUCGAACGCAUGGGCGCCAGCAGGGAGCCCGAGAACCCCAAGAGAAUGUCCGAGGCUUCCCCAAGCACCACCAGGAAUUGCCACUCCGUCUCAAGCAGGAGGAUGGAGGCCUGCAAGACUCUGUGCGACAAGACUCUUGCAUCAGCGAGGAUUGGGAGACAUGCAGUGGCGCACGCUCGGCGGCAAUGACAUCAGUGCAUUCACUCCACAAUCGCGACCUGAACCAGCCCUGUAUGUCGAGCUCUUCAUCCAUUUAUGCAGGAGAUGGCAAGGGGAAUGAUGUUGAGAACGACAUGACUCCCAAAUUCGCCUACAUUGUGUGGGACAGUCCUGACGGCCCGCGUCGAGGUCUAGCUCCAGAGAAGAUUUGGGGACGACACUCAGGUCUUUACGACGGCUCCGGCUAUGGAGAGGACAGUGGUCCCUCAACACCUCGCGAGCCCGAGGAGGGCAUCCAGGGAGAGUUGAAGGCAUCGUCGGCGCCGCUUUCGGUUUGCGGAGCGCGCUUCGGCAAGGAGAACUCCAACGGACCUUCGAGAGGCGAAGAUCCGUUCCCUGGAGCCGUAUCCGAGUCUCCAUUGGCGACUCACGAACAGGGCAACUGCGAGAGCCUGGAGUCGAUAUAUCGUGCAUACGCCUACCCCUUCGGAGACAGGAUUCCGAGCAGCAGCAACAACAGCGUUGGCGGGGACGUACAGCGACUUGAGACAAAGGAUGGUCAGAUCAGCCCAUGA